AGCAUGCACUGCUGGAAGAGGAAUGGAACAGGUGGCCCCUACUCAGUGCCAGCACUCACCUGGGGACUUAGAAGAGGAGGAUGGAGAAUAUCCCACCUGGGUGGUCAGCACACUCACUACAAUCCUCAUCGUGACCAUCACCGGUGACAUCUUCGGGAACCUACUGGUCAUUACAUCUGUCGUCAGGAACAAGAAUCUCCGAAAAGCAGGAAACGCUUUUGUGGUCAGCCUGGCAGUGGCGGAUCUACUGGUGGCAUGCUACCCUUACCCAUUGGUUCUUCUUGCAAUUUUUAACCGUGGCUGGAGAAUGGGACACACUCAUUGCCUGCUGAGUGGCUUCUUGAUGGGACUUAGUGUUAUAAGCUCAGUCUUCAAUAUUACAGGCAUUGCUGUCAAUCGAUACUUCUACAUUUGUCACCACAGCUGCUACUCCCACCUGUUCUCCAACUUCAGCACCAUGUUGUAUGUGGGACUAGUGUGGACCUUGGCAUUCGCAGCCAUUUUACCAAACCUAUUUGUGGGAUCCUUGCAGUAUGACCCAAGAGUCUUCUCCUGUACUUUUUCUCAGUCAGUCAGCCCAUUGUAUACUAUUGUAAUUGUGAUUCUACAUUUCUUUUUACCAAUUGGCGUGGUGAGUUUCUGCUACCUUCAGAUCUGGAUAUUGGUUCUCAACAGCCGACAUCGAGUGAGACCGGCAAGACAGGUCCACGUCCAGACAUGGCCAAACAAUAUGCACAGUUUUAUUACCAUGUUCAUAGUUUUUGUGCUCUUUGCUGUAUGCUGGGGACCCCUGAAUAUCAUCGGACUCUUGGUGGGCUUGAACCCACAACUAGGAGAGUCUAUCCCACACUGGCUUUUUGUCGCCAGCUAUUUCAUGGCUUAUUUCAAUAGUUGCCUCAAUGCUGUAGUUUAUGGAGCUCUGAAUAAGAAUUUCCGAAGGGAAUACAGAAGUAUCCUGCUAAACAUUUUCCAGUUGGCUUAAAGCUGAAUAUUUAUUAUUUUAUGCAAUUUCCUAUUUUACUGCAAAACAUAAAUAAAUAAA